AUGAAGUUCUUUUCCGUACUCCUUCUCGCCGCUGCCGGCAGUGUCAUUGCCAAGGGAAACAGCACCUCGACCAAGUCCCAAUGCAAGCAGGUGCAGAAGCUUACAAAGAUCGUCAAUCUCGCAGCCAAUUCGACCCGGCUAGACGAUAAGACCGAUGGCAAUGCCACAAAGGCAGACGCCAUCAAAGCCAAGGCAUCUGAGGCGGCAACGACUCUUUCGACCCUUCAAGCCAAUACCACUCUGAUGGCCGCGUGCAGUCAGAUAUUCGCGGUUGAGGAUAUGGAAGACGCUUGCUCGCAAAUGGCCUCGCUCGAGAAGCUCACUGCCUUGGUUGCCAACGCAACGAAACUUGAUAAUAAAUUCGACGGCAACGCCACCAAGAUUGCUGCUGUCCAGGCUAAAGCAUCAGCGGGUGCCGACGAGCUAGCGACUCUGUCGAGCAACACAACCCUGACCCAGUUCUGCGCGGCGAAGGAUCUGGAGUCAACGUGCUCUUCGAUGGCGAAGCUGCAAAAGGAGGUUGACAAGGCAUCCAAUGCCACGGCACUCAGCGAGAAAUUCAACGGAAACACGACCAAGGUUGAAAAGGCACAGGCAAAGGCCAGCAAGGCCGCCGAGAAGCUGCAGGCUAUGUCAAGCAAUUCGACGCUGGUUAAUCUGUGCGCUAGUGAAUCCAACACCAAGACAGAGGCAGCUGCGGGUUCUUCGUCCUCAUCGGCCGCUGCGGAUGCGGAAUCGGGAGCCUCAAAUGUCCUACCUUGGGCAGUUCAGCCAAUGGUAUCAGUCCUUGCGGUUCUGGCUGCUGGAAUUUUCUUGCUAUAA